ACUAUGAUUUGGAGGAAUUUUCAUAGGUUUGAUGAAAAAUAUGUUUUAUAAGAGUUUAAAAAAAAAUUGAUCGAAAAUGACGGAGAACGUAACUGAUAUUGGGUUAAAAGUUAACCUAGAGUGAGUUCAUGUUAGAAACACAAAAUUUAUGGCCCCAUAUAAAUUAUAUCAUCAUAAAAUAUUAACUAUAAAAAAUAGUUAUAACAAUAAAUAAUUAAUGAUUUUAAACUAUCCCGGCCGUUGGCCGGGUACAAAGCUAGUUAAUAAAUAAAAAGGAAAGAAGGAAAUACAACACAAUUGGCUUAAAUAUAUUUUCAAUUUCGAGACCAGCCCCAAGUAAUCCCCCCUAUUUCCCCCUUUUUCUCCAAACCCUAAUUGCUGCGAGCGAACUCGAACUCUUACACACCAUUACCGAAUUCCUUCCCACUCUAGUAUCUCCUCUUCACACAGCUCUCCUUCCUCCUUAUCUCGAAUUACUUCCCUUCAAUUUGAUCUCACGAACUGAAAUAAAUCCUUCAAUUCCACCUCUUUCUUGCUCACACCCCGCCCAAUUUUGGGCUCUUUCUCCCCGCUUUGAAUUCUUCGUUUACCCGAUUUCCCCUCCGGUCAAUUCGUAUCUUAUACCCCUUUGCUUGUUGGGAUUCCUGGAAUUGGGCUGCUGCUGCUGUCGACUUAUCAUUCGUAUCGGAUCAAUGAUUUCGUAAUCUGGGGUUGCGGAAGAUCACUGUUGGAGGGAAGGAAGGAAGCGCGCGGUCUCCCAGCGUGUUGGGGGGUUUCUUAAAGUCGGGGGUUUUACUUACCAAGGUGCGGGAGACUACUCGCCAACGAACCAAAGUUGUGAUCUUUAUUGCUCGCCCGGUUGAAGAAUUUUCCGGGGAUCCAUGUCAAUGGUGUGCGUUUGAACUUCUCGUCAACUUUGUCCCAGUUUUGCGUGAAUGCAGCGUUCUUGGGUUCUUCUUUCAAUCUCAUUUGUCAGUUUCAAUCUGCGGUAUUGCUUCCGUUGUUGUGCUCUCGGAUGGAGCUCAGUCUAGUUCGUCGAGUUUCAGCCUAGGUUUUAAGAUUUGAAUGAGAUUGGAUCACCAGUAAGAGGAUAAAGGAACAUAGUUACUUCUUUCUGUAUGGUCGUAUGGAUGAACUGUGGACUUGUUGGUAGCUGAAAAUCAAAUUACAUUUCGAGUAAGUAGUCCUAGCCCAUGGAAGUAAGUUAAUAGAGCUCUUUGAUUUAUUGGUGAGAAGACUUUAUUUUGAUAGAAAAGGUCUCCUGGGUACUUACGAUGCUUUGCCUUGAGGCUGAAGCUGAACUCGUUUGAUAUGAUAUGAGGGAUAAUGUCACAUGUUUUGGAAAAACAACGUUGGAGAAAUCUUUAGCAAAAUGUCUCACUUUGAGCUUGACUGCUUUGGUUAUUGUCAUUUCACUAGCAUCCUGUAAUUGGUUGUCGGGGUUACUUCAGGAAAGGGAUAUCUCGUACAUUAUCAGAGUCUGGAUGCCAGCAGCUAGUUUUGUUUUACUCUUAAGCAUACUGACUGUACUUCUGUGUCCUGGCAUAUUUUGAAUGCAUUUGUAUGCAUUUCUGUUCAUUAACGUGAGCAUAAUGUUGUUAGAAAUGUGAGCUUUCAAGGGAUUGUAACACUAUGACAAUCAUUUUGCAGAUAGUGUAUCACUUACUAAGGAAACACUGAUACAUGGAUCCUGAGACCAAGAAGUUUGGAAGUGGACCAAGAGAGCUGACUGGUGCUAUUGAUCUUAUAAGUCAUUUCAAACUGUUACCCCAUCACGACUUCUUUUGCAAGAAAUCACUUCCCGUGUCAAUUGCCGACACACACUACCUUCAUAAUGUUGUUGGAGAUACCGAAAUCAGGAAAGGGGAUGGGAUGCAAUUGGACCAGCUUAUCCAGAAUAGUUACCAGCCAAGAGAUGGAAGUAUACGCAUACGACCAUUCGACCUUGAUUUGCUUAGGGAGGCCUUCCAACUGAAGGAAACCACUCCUGUAGAACUCCCUGCUUCGGAGAAGGGGACUCCUACAAUUGCAGGGAAAUCGAAGACUGAGUCGAAAGACAAGGAAAGAAAGCAUAAAAAGCACAGGGAUAAAGAUAAGGACAAGGAUAGAGAGCAUAAGAAGCACAAGCACCGUCAUAAAGACAAAGAUAAAGAUCGGAGCAAGGAUAAAGACAAGGAGAAGAAGAAAGACAAAAGUGGUCAUCACGAAUCUAACCCCGAGCACUCGAGAAAGCACCAUGAAAAGAAACGGAAACACGAUGGGGACGAAGAUCUAAAUGAUGUUCACAGACACAAGAAAAGUAAGCACAGGAGCUCAAAAAUCGAUGAAAUUGGCGCAAUUAAAGUAGCUGGCUGAAAAAUUAUUGGCAAUCCUAUUGUUCAUUGUUUUUGGAAGUGGUUAUUUAGAGUUUGGGAAAGGGUUUUGACUUCCAAGUUUUCAUAUUGGUGAGGUAAAUCCUCCUUUCCCUUGUUCUUGGAACUGAUUCUGCCUUUCCAAUUUAGAAUUGAAAUGAUCGUGAUGGUGAAUUUAGCAACAUCCUUCGCCAUGAGUUCAUACGACUUACUGCUUGCUGCUCCUUGUUGUGCAGGGUAGGUUCAGAACUGACUUGAGAGAAUUUGAGGGAAUGGUGAAUUCACCUAACUCCUGGAUAUUUAAUUAGGGUUCGUGCAAAAACAGAACUUUGUAUGAUGAUGAUAGUAGAUCUGGUACAGUGGGGGUGAUGAAAUAGGGCAAGACUCGGGUCACUUUCUUUUCUUUGCUUCGCUUUUUCGCUCUCCUCACUCAGGUUUUCUGGAUGUUUCAAAAGCAUGCAAACAUUUUUUCUUCCACUGUCUACGUUUAGAGUAGUGGUGGGCUGUAUUAGUGAUGUAUGGAUGUCUGAAGUCUGAACAUGUUGGAAUCUACAACCGUUAGGGGUUUUGGAGGGAGACCAAGGGGGGAUUGUAUAUACAGAAAGAAUGGAAAUCCAUUCUUACCCACGGGUGUGGCAAAUGAGUAAAAUUAUGUUUCUUCAAGAAAUGAAAUGUAAAGUGCAGCAGAUUUGGAUAACAGAUGAUGGAACUGUUGUAAGACUACAUGGUUGUGAGAAUGGAUAGGUAUGACCUGUUAUGGGGAAUGCUGUGGUUUAGUGCAGCUUCCUUGAUGUUGAACAAAUUGAGGAGCACCUAUGUAGUCUAAUGAAAAAAGACAUGAUCUUUGGUUGCCAGCUCAUACUUCCCGAGAUUAUCACUUUGAUUGGUUGGCUUGUAUAUCCUGAAUUAGGUGUCAUUUUGGUUAAAUUUGGUGGCUAUGAUGACAUCAUAAUCAGUUCUUUGAGAGAAACUGUUUUUAUAGGCAUCCUCGCGAACAAGGGUUUGUUCAAAUGGUGAUAUUAUUAGUUUCGAACCUGAAGAUUCUCGAUUCGAAUUUCUUUAUUAAUAUUUAAUAGUAAAAUCAAUAUAUAUCAGCCUUAUAAUGAAAAUAGCGUCUGAUU